CGGCCGGUCACGUGACGGCCGCGCGCGUCCCCGGCCGCUGCGGGCUCCGGGGCCGAAGAGAAAAAGACUGCGAGGUGUCCGCGGCUGGGGCCGGAGAGGUGGGAGUCGAGCCGAAGCCCUCGCGGUGGGGCGGGGUGAGGAGGUCCCUCCGGGUUACUGACUCGGGGAGAGGAGGCCCAGCUGGCCGUGUCACCUCCCGCCGCGACGCGCCCCGGGGCGGCCCUGCGCUUGGGGCCUGAAAGGGGCGGCGGCGGGGUCAGGGGCCGCAACAAGAAUGAACCAGCAGUGGAAGAGAAAAUACUGCAAGCUUGUUGGCUGCUGGUGAAGAAGAUGCUUUAUUUCUGUGCAGGUGUCUGUGAUCUGUAAUAGAAAUGAUGGCUGGCUGUGGUGAAAUUGAUCACUCAAUAAACAUGCUUCCUACGAACAGGAAAGCAAAUGAAUCCUGUUCUAAUGCCACACCUUCUCUAACCGUCCCUGAAUGUGCCAUUUGUCUGCAAACAUGUGUCCACCCAGUCAGUCUGCCCUGUAAGCAUGUUUUCUGCUAUCUGUGUGUAAAAGGAGCUUCCUGGCUUGGAAAGCGGUGUGCCCUUUGUCGACAAGAAAUUCCAGAGGAUUUUCUUGACAAGCCAACCUUGCUGUCACCAGAAGAACUCAAGGCAGCAAGUAGAGGAAAUGGUGAAUAUGCGUGGUAUUACGAAGGAAGAAAUGGGUGGUGGCAGUAUGAUGAACGCACUAGUAGAGAGCUGGAAGAUGCCUUUUCCAAAGGUAAAAAGAACACUGAAAUGUUAAUUGCUGGGUUUCUAUAUGUUGCUGAUCUUGAAAAUAUGGUUCAGUAUAGGAGAAAUGAACAUGGACGUCGCAGGAAGAUUAAGCGAGAUAUAAUAGAUAUACCAAAGAAGGGAGUAGCUGGACUCAGGCUAGACUGUGAUGCUAAUGCUGUAAACCUAGCGCGAGAGAGCUCUGCCGAUGGAGCGGACAGUCUAUCAGCACAGAGCGGAGCUUCUGUUCAGCCUCUAGCGUCCUCUGUAAGGCCUUUGACGUCAGUAGAUGGGCAAUUAACAAGCCCUGCAACACCAUCCCCUGAUGCAAGCACUUCUCUGGAAGACUCUUUUUCUCAUUUACAACUCAGCGGAGACAACAUAGCUGAAAGGAGUCACAGGGGGGAAGGAGAAGAAGAUCACGAAUCACCAUCUUCAGGAAGGGCACCAGCACCAGACACCUCUGUUGAAGAGACCGAGUCAGAUGCCAGCAGUGAUGGUGAGGAUGUAACUGCAGUAGUUGCACAGCACUCCUUGACCCAGCAGAGACUUCUGAUUCCCAGUGCAAACCAGACAGUGCCUGAUCGAUCAGGUCGAUCAGUAGCUGGGGGCGGGACGGUGAGUGUCGGUGUCAGAUCUAGAAGGCCUGAUGGACAGUGCACAGUAACUGAAGUUUAGUCUUCAGCUCCACGGCUGAAGGUUGAAAGGGGUAUCUGUAAAUUUCUGCCCACAUAACAUUAUAUUCAUCCCUAGUAGUGCAUUUUGGGAAUUGGGGUGGGAAGGGAUAUGGGAAGGAUAGACCUGUAAUUAAAAUGUCUAACAUGUCUCUGUUGAGAGAAAUUUAUUUAAUGUAAGGAACCCGUGUGUUAAUAGUUGAGAGCCGCUGAGUAAUAAUCCAGUUUUCUUGAGGUCUGUUUACUUCAUAGUUUUCUGUUAAUUUCUUCACUUCUUUUGGCCAAUGUGUGUGUAUUAUCUGUGCAUUAAUGGUCCUCAUCUGACUCUUGAACUAUGUCUUAUUUUUCUGCAUGGACUGGUAUAAAACCAUUACUAAAAUUUGGCACUUAGGAGAUGUUUGGUAUCCAGUAUGAGCAGGAAGCUUAAUGUGAGAAUUUAAAAUAGAUCAAUAACAACUAUUUUAUAGUAAAGUUAUUAAAAUGGGAGAAAUGUAAAGAAAACAGCUAAUAACACACGAUUCAGAAUCUUUGUAACACACUUCGUGCUGUUCCCAUAGGCUUUGCUGUCUAGUUCUUAAGAGUUUGAGGUUUCUUUUGAUCCACAUUUUUCUUUUUGGUUACAAAGUUUAUAAUUUAAUAAAUACUAGAAUU